AUGGCCCGGAUUUCGUCAGACCCGCUUAUAGUUGGUAGAGUGAUCGGAGACGUUGUGGACAACUGUUUGCAGGCGGUGAAAAUGACAGUGACUUAUAACUCCGACAAGCAAGUCUACAAUGGCCAUGAAAUUUUCCCUUCCACAGUCACAAACAAACCUAAGGUUGAUGUUCAUGGGGGUGACAUGAGAUCAUUCUUCACUUUGGUCAUGACUGAUCCUGAUGUUCCUGGACCUAGUGAUCCUUAUCUGAGGGAGCACUUGCACUGGAUUGUUACCGAUAUCCCGGGGACAACCGACGUGACAUUUGGAAAGGAAAUAGUAGGGUACGAGAUGCCUCGACCAAACAUAGGGAUCCACCGAUUUGUGUAUUUGCUUUUCAAGCAAAACCGGAGAGGAAGUGUGGUUGCUGUGCCAUCUUACAGAGACCAAUUCAACACUCGAAUGUUUGCUCAUGAGAACGAUCUCGGCCUCCCCGUCGCAGCUGUUUUCUUCAACUGCCAACGUGAGACCGCUGCUAGACGCCGUUGA